CUAUUACAACACGUAGUCAGUCUCUCUCUCGCUCUUCUUGACUUCUCCUUUCCCUUCCGCGAAAUGUGGAGUAGAAAUGGCAUAUCUUCUCCUCGAUUGAUACAGGCACUGUUUCUCUAGGGUUUUCUUUGAUCUCCCGCGUGAUCGCUGUCUCUGCCUCUGCUUCCUCUGCAUGCGCGAUUCUUGGGCGAUGAAGCGCGAUUUCGACGAAAUCUCGGAGAACGAGUGGUCCCGGUACUCCUUCAACCCGUCACGAGUGCUCAAGCGGCCGCGGACGCCGAACAGGACGCGGCCAGCGAAUCCGCCUCCUCCGAUUGAAUCUUUCUCGUUUAAGAGAUCGGCGGUGGAAGAGGAGAACAGCAGCGGCGAUUGCGUUGAAGUGCAGAACUUGGGAGACUCGGAUUCGGAGGUGAAAAAUGCAAAGAGAGAGGAUUUUUUGUUGGAGGACGAGGAGGAAGAGGAGUUAGAGGUGGUGACCAGAGCUGGUCGCGCCGCUCGGCGGUUUGUUGUGGAAGACGAGGAGUUGAGCGAUGACGGUUUCGAUAACGAGAUUGAGCUCAAUUCCAGCGAGGACGAAGGGGAAGGAGGAGAUAAAGAUGAAGAAGGCGAAGAUGACGUUGUGGGGAAGGCACUUCAGAAGUGCGCCAAAAUCUCGGCGGAUCUUCGGAAGGAGCUCUAUGGUAGUUCUUCAGGGACUACAACUUGUGAAAGGUACUCUGAAGUGGAAUCUUCUACGGUGCGGAUUGUCACGCAGACUGAUAUUGAUAAAGCCUGCGGGAGUGAGGACUCUGAUUUUCAGCCUGUACUCAAGCCAUACCAGUUGGUUGGUGUUAAUUUUCUUCUUCUUUUGUACAAGAAGGGUAUUGGGGGAGCAAUUCUGGCCGAUGAGAUGGGUCUUGGGAAGACCAUUCAGGCGAUUACCUAUCUGACCCUUCUAAAGCAUUUGAAUGAUGACCCUGGCCCCCAUUUGAUUGUAUGUCCUGCUUCUGUCUUGGAAAACUGGGAGAGAGAACUCAAAAAAUGGUGUCCGGCGUUUUCUGUGCUCCAGUAUCAUGGGGCCGCUCGAGCAGCCUAUUCUAGGGAAUUAAGUGCUUUAUCAAAGGCUGGAAAGCCGCCACCAUUUAACGUUCUUCUUGUGUGUUAUUCACUAUUUGAACGUCAUAGCGAGCAGCAGAAAGAUGACAGGAAAAUACUGAAACGCUGGGGCUGGAGUUGUGUAUUAAUGGAUGAAGCCCAUGCUUUGAAGGAUAAGAACAGUUAUAGGUGGAAAAACUUGAUGUCUGUGGCCAGAAAAGCAAACCAACGACUGAUGCUGACAGGAACGCCUCUACAAAAUGAUUUGCAUGAAUUAUGGUCACUGUUGGAGUUCAUGUUACCUGAUAUCUUUUCGACCGAGGAUAUCGACUUGAAGAAGCUGUUGAAUGCAGAAGAUACCGAGUUAAUUACUCGCAUGAAAUCUAUCCUAGGUCCCUUCAUCUUGAGGCGUUUAAAGUCCGAUGUCAUGCAGCAACUUGUUCCCAAGAUACAACGGGUUGAGUAUGUAGCUAUGAAUAAGCAGCAGGAAGAUGCAUAUAAAGAGGCAAUAGAAGAAUACCGUGCUGCUUCUCAAUCACGACUUUCUAAGCUUUCUUCGAAACACUUGAAUUCCAUCGCAAAGGCCCUCCCAAAGCGUCAGAUUUCAAAUUAUUUUACUCAAUUUAGGAAGAUUGCAAAUCAUCCAUUGUUAAUUAGGCGAAUAUACAGUGAUGAGGAUGUAGUUCGCAUAGCCAAGAAGUUACAUCCGAUUGGAGCAUUUGGAUUUGAGUGUUCCUUGGAAAGAGUAAUCGACGAAAUGAAGAGCUACAAUGAUUUCAGUAUCCACCGGCUCUUGUUCCAAUUUGGUAUUACCGAUUCAAAAGGAACUCUAUCAGAGGAACAUGUUAUGCUCUCAGCAAAAUGCCGGGCAUUGGCCGAAAUACUAACGUCGCUGAAGAAAGACGGCCAUCGUGCUCUGAUAUUUAGCCAGUGGACGUCAAUGCUCGAUAUUCUAGAGUGGACUCUGGAUGUUAUUGGCAUCACAUACCGGAGGCUAGAUGGAAGUACCCAAGUCACAGAAAGACAAACCAUAGUGGACACUUUCAACAACGACACAACCAUAUUUGCGUGUCUGCUGUCUACAAGAGCUGGAGGACAGGGUCUGAACUUGACAGGAGCUGACACCGUCAUCAUUCACGACAUGGAUUUCAACCCGCAAAUCGAUCGACAAGCCGAAGAUAGAUGCCAUCGCAUUGGGCAGACAAAACCCGUCACCAUCUACAGGCUGGUGACGAAGGGAACGGUGGACGAGAACAUAUACGAGAUAGCGAAGCGGAAACUGGUCCUUGAUGCGGCGGUUCUGGAGUCUGGCGUGGACGUGGAUAACGACGGGGACACUCCUGAGAAAACUAUGGGCGAAAUUCUUUCUUCCCUUCUUAUGGGGUAAAAAAGAAUGUAAUAUUCGUUAGUUGGGAGGUAAGUAAAAAUUCUGCAGUAAGUUUUUUUUUGGGUGGUCAUGUAUCAUUAAGCAGCUCUAGGGGGGGAAACCAAACAAGAAGAGGAGAAUGUUAGAUUCAUGAAGGGUGGGGACAUAACCAAAUGAAACCGAAGCAAAUUAAUGCCUAACUAAGAUUAUACGUCUCAAAGUAUCUGUUUUGGUCUGAUCAGAAAUCCAAAUGUCAUGGACGCAUUGUAUAUUUGUACAUUAAUUACCCUUUUGAACCGUUGUCAAAGAUGAUUAUGCACCGUGUAACCAAUAAAAACAGAAUUAUUUA